AUGAGCGCGGCCGGGCUCGUGUCCGCGCCGCCCGCAGCCCCGCCGGGGCCGCCCGCCCCCGCCAUGGCCCCCGCGCCCGACUACUACGAGGAGGAGGAGCUGGAGAGCGCCGAGGAGGAGGACGGCGAGCGGAGCGCCCGGGCCCGCGACUCCGACGAGGACACUGAGGACGCCAGUGAAACAGACCUGGCAAAGCACGAGGAGGAGGACUUUGUAGAAAUGAAAGAGCAGAUGUAUCAGGACAAACUGGCAUCUCUGAAGAGGCAGUUACAGCAGCUGCAGGAAGGUACUCUUCAGGAAUAUCAGAAAAGGAUGAAGAAGUUGGACCAGCAGUACAAAGAAAGGAUAAGAAAUGCAGAACUGUUCCUGCAGCUGGAAACAGACCAGGUGGAGAAAAAUUAUGUGAAGGAAAAGAAAGCAGCAGCAAAGGAGUUUGAAGAUAAGAAAAUUGAGCUUAAGGAAAAUCUGAUAGCAGAGUUGGAAGAGAAGAAGAAGAUGAUUGAGAAUGAAAAGCUAACCAUGGAAUUAACAGGAGAUUCAAUGGAAGUGAAGCCCAUCAUGACGAGGAAACUGAGACGGAGACCAAAUGAUCCAGUUCCCAUCCCAGACAAGAGGAGGAAACCUGCCCCUGCUCAGCUAAAUUAUUUGUUGACUGAUGAGCAAAUAAUGGAGGACCUAAGAACGCUGAAUAAGCUUAAAUCACCCAAGAGACCAGCCUCCCCCUCCUCUCCUGAGCACCUCCCAGCAACACCAGCAGAGUCUCCAGCACAGAGGUUUGAAGCUCGGAUAGAAGACGGCAAGCUCUACUAUGACAAGAGAUGGUAUCACAAGAGCCAAGCUAUUUACCUGGAGUCGAAAGAGAACACAAAGAUCAGCUGUGUGAUCAGUUCUGUGGGAGCCAACGAGAUCUGGGUGAGGAAAACCAGCGACAGCACCAAGAUGAGGAUCUACCUGGGGCAGCUGCAGCGGGGCGUGUUCGUGAUCCGCCGGCGCUCGGCCACCUGACCCUGCUCUGCCCUGUCCUGGUUUCUGUCACAUCACCAAACCUCUGCCAGGGGCUCACAGGCUGCUCACUCCUCCCUGCAGCAGGGAACAGUCCUGACCUCUGACAAGACACUUUGUGGCUGGCCACAUGAUCCCCAGUAGUCCUUAAACCUUUAGUGAUGCCCAAGCACUGCCCUGGACUAUUUCUGGAUUUUGCAUCAAGCUUCUGUACGCUCUCUCUUUGUAUUUUGGGUGACUGUUUGAGAAGACUUGGCAUCAUCCUCCUUUUUGUUGUUGUUUUGUGGUGCACAGAUGGGACUCUUGUGUCAAAAACAUCAUCAUCAUGUUUCUGUUGGGAGUCAGACCAGUGGAAGAAGCUUUGCUUGUCGAGGCCUGAGGUUAUUUGUGCUUUUUUGGCCUUGUUUUCCUGCAAGGCUCAGGAUUUUGGGCAAAAGAUGAAUCCUGCCAGGUUUCAGCUGCAGCUGAGAGAUGCCUCCAGAAUAUCUGGUGUACAACAUCAGCUUUAUUGGAUGGACUGUUGAAAGACUGGAGACUUUUUUAGGAUGGUGGGAACAGCUCAGAAGCUGCUGAAAUACAAUGAUUUUAAUGUAGCUCAGAGUCACGCGUGGUUAGUCAGAAGCUUCCGUUUCUCUUCACAUUAAAAACUCCUUCAAUGAACAAGCAGAGUAUGUCUGUUUGCUGAUCUAAUUAGCUGGGAUAGGUGGAUGACUAAAUUAAAGGACUAAUUACCUGGAUUUUGCAGAUAGCAAGGCUGUAUGAACUCUGUGUGUGUCUGUAACCACUCAGAGAUGUAAAGAGGCAAACGAUCAAUUUCACUUUUUCCACUGAUGCUCAGAAUCACAGGUUAUGGUGGGAUCCUGCUGACAGGAGAUCUGUAAUAUCCUCCCAAGGAUCCUGGCACAGAGUAGGAAGCGGCCUUGUCAUGCUGUUAGCUGGAGCCUUCAUUUCCUGAGAUGUUCUUCAAAGAGCUUCUCUUGAGGGCUGUUUUAAUUGCUGGAGGUAACACUGGGUUUCUACACUUGCCCUCCUGCAGCACAAGUGAAAAUGCCCAAAUAAUGACAUUAAGGUGCUCCCUAGGUGAUUAAAGAUCUGCCUCUGGCAUUCCUUUAUUAUUCCCAGUCCUUUGCUGAUGGCUGGAAGCACCAAUGCCAUGUGUGACUGCCUUGGCAGGAGCCACAUGGUGCCCUGGCAGUGCUGUCACAUCUCCACCUUCUGUGCAGAACAACUCAGUGCUCCUUUUGAUUACUAGUCAAAAAGUUGUAAUUCCUGCCUUUCUCAAUCUCUCUUACUUUGAAGCAUCUUUUGAGGUUUUGCUUUUGAGCUGCCUUCCUGUUAACACCCAUCCAGCCCUGCCUUUCUUUGGUGUGUGGAUCAGUGCAGUCCAGGGAAAGGAGUUGCAAGGGCUGUGCCCAUCCUUUCCUGCAGUUGGGUGGCAGUCACAUCCCAAAAACUGCUGCCUCUACGUGGGUCUGGAGUGGAGUGUGAUGGCUGAGCUCCUGAUGUGACUGAGACACCUGACUUGAUUUUUGCUGAGUUUUGAGGAUCUGGAGCUCUGGCAAGGCAGGAGAGGGUGUUUCCCACCCUUGACAAUGUGCCAUCCCUGCUGCAGCUUAGGCAGCCAAAUGCAGCAGGCUGGAUUUUGUCAAGUUAACAGCUUACUUAAUAUAACUUAACAUUCUCUGCACAUGUCACAGGUUUUUGAUAAGGUGAUGAUGUACCAGGCAGGAUUUGUCACUGAGUCUUUAAAUGAACAUCGUUCUAAUAAUAAAAAGUGCUGAGGAAGUA